UCGGCGCCGCUCUCGCCAUGCGGGCGCUGCUGCUCCCGGCGCUGCUGCUCCCGGUGCUGGCCGCGGCGCCCGGCGCCGCCACGGCGCUGGGCGAGUCGGACCAGGUCCGGAUGACCUCGGAGGGCUCCGACUGCCGCUGCAAGUGCAUCCUGCGGCCGCUCAGCAAGGACGCCUGCGGCCGCGUCCGCAGCGGCAGCGCGCGCGUCGAGGACUUCUACACGGUGGAGACGGUGAGCUCGGGGGCCGACUGCAAGUGCUCCUGCACCGCACCCCCCUCCUCGCUCAACCCCUGCGAGAACGAGUGGAAGAUGGAGAAGCUGAAGAAGCAGGCGCCUGAGCUCUUCAAGCUGCAGUCCAUGGUGGACCUGCUGGAGGGAACGCUCUACAGCAUGGACCUGAUGAAGGUGCACUCCUACAUCAACAAGGUGGUGGCCCAGAUGAACACACUGGAGGAGACCAUCAAGACCAACCUGAGCAGGGAGAACGACUUCAUGAAGGAGAGUGUCCUGCACCUCACCGACCAGAUGAAACGCUACGAGAACUACUCUGACAUCAUGAUGAGCAUCAAGAAGGAGAUCUCCAACCUGGGCUACCAGCUGCUGCAGAAGGACGCGGCCGCCGUCCCCGAGAGCAAGGCGCAGGACACGGCGGGUGGCCGGGAGAAGGAGGCGGGGCGGUACCCCAACCCCCGCAAGGCGCUGGGGGACAGGGCAGCUCCCCGGGCGCCCAAGGAGAAGCAGCUGAAGCCCGAGAAGCCCAAAAAGGACACCACCAAGGCCAGGGGGGCGUCGCUGCCUACGCCCAAGCCCAAGCUGCCGGCACACCAGCAAACCGUGGUCCGAGGCGUCACUUACUACAAGGCCGGGCAGGCAGGAGCAGCGGAGGGGCUGGCCGGCAGCCGCGAGAGCCCUGCGAAGGGGGCGGCCACGCAGGAGGAGAGGGACCCCCCGGCCCUCCCAGCCGAGGGGGCCCCAGCCCAAGCCGUUAGGCAGGCACAGACCACCGUGCCCAGCACCACAGCUGUGCCCAGCACUGCCCUGGCCCCCCGCCCCACGGCCCGCAGCCCGCCAGCCACUGUCCUCAGGCAGGGGACUGACAGCGCCGGGGGCCACGAAGCGCCAAACAGAGUGAAGGAGGUGGAGUGCGAAGGCACCAUCGAGUCGGUGGAGCCGCCCACAGAGCACCACAGCUACGGGCGCAACGAGGGGGCCUGGAUGAAGGACCCGGCGGCCAAGGACGACCGCAUCUACGUCACCAACUACUACUAUGGCAACAGCCUGGUGGAGUUCAGGAGCCUUGAGAACUUCAAGCAGGGCCGCUGGAGCAAUCUCUACAAGCUGCCCUACAACUGGAUCGGCACCGGGCACGUGGUGUACCGGGGAGCCUUUUACUACAACCGCGCCUUCACCAAGAACAUCAUCAAGUACGACCUGAAGGAGCGGUACGUGGCGGGCUGGGCCCUGCUCCACGACGCGCUGUACGAGGACACGACGCCCUGGAAGUGGAAGGGCCACUCGGACAUCGACUUCGCCGUGGACGAGAGCGGGCUCUGGGUCAUUUACCCCUCUGUGGACUACGACUACUCGCAGCAGGAGGUGAUCGUCCUGAGCCGCCUCGACCCCGGGGACCUCUCGCUGCGGAGGGAGACCACCUGGAAGACCGGGCUGAAGCGCAAUGCCUACGGGAACUGCUUCAUCAUCUGUGGCAUCCUCUACGCCGUGGACACCUACAGCCAGAAGGAGGGGCAGAUCUCCUACGCCUUCGACACGCACACGGACACGGAGGCAGAGCUCCGGCUGCCCUUCCUCAACCAGUACGCCUUCACCACGCAGGUCGACUACAACCCCAAGGAGAAGGUGCUCUAUGCCUGGGACAACGGCCAUCAGAUGACCUAUGGGCUGCGCUUCGUGGUCUGAGCACCCAGCCGGGUCCCAGCCGCACCCCUGUGCCCUCCCCUCACCGUGCCCAGCUGGGACGCCCCGACACAGCCGGCCCCAGCACCCCAGCCGGGCCAGGGCUGCGGCGAGAGCCCGGCUGCCACCCCAAAACCCUCCCCAUCCGCCAUCCACUCGCACCGUGCCUGCUGCAUCGCAGGGGGUGCAGGUAAGUGCAGCCCCACCACACACCCCCUCGACAACGUGGCCUCUGGGGCUGUGGAGCUGCCCCACGGCCGGCUCUGCCUUCCCUGGGCUGUGGGACAGGAGCACAGCCCCACGUCCCUGUGGCACCAGGAGGCAGUGGGUCUGUGCCGCCGGCACCACGGCAGCUCCAGCCCCGCGGCACCGCACUGAGCAGCCCCCCGCACAGCACCCGCCCCUCGCACCGCUCCCCGCAAGCCCCCCGCGCCGCAUGCUCACCCUACCCACCGCUGCCCGCCCGGGCACCAUGCCCUGGCCUGUGCCCUGUGGGGCGGGCAGGGCCCCCUCGCUGCCGGGGCAGGACCAGCAGCUGCCCGUUGCUAUUUUAGGAGAUGAUUAAGAUGCCUUUGCUUUCGCUGCUCAGUAGCUUGUUAUUUAACGCAUUCACCGUGUCCGUGCAGAGCUCCUGCUCCUGCUCCUGCCUGCGGUGCCAGCUGCAGCCCUGCCUGCACCCCACCAGCACCCUCCCCAGGCAGGGGCAGGCACACACGGCCGGGGAGCCCACGGCCCUCCCGUGCUCUGCCUGGGGCAGGGUGAGGGGCUGGGAGUGCUUUGCUUGGUUUUGGUCAUUUUAGACGUGAACAGUAUUAAAAAACUAACCGAUGUGAAA